ACAAGAAACCGGUGAGAAGAUCGAAGAAACUCAGGAUGUAAUUGAUGACGAAAUGGUUGGGGAUUUUGAACAACUGCAAACUGAUGAAGAGAUUGAAUUCUUACAAGUUGAUCAACAGGCAAGUCUUUUGUCUCAAGGAACAGAAUCAUCAGAGGAAAUAAGGGAGGUUCCAAUGGAGGCAGAUGAAGAUAAUCACAAGGAAAACAGUGAUGCUGACAUGGUUCAAGUCCUAAUCAUGCGAAUCAGAAGUGCAGUCAGUAUGCUAGAGAAGUGGGGAAAUCCCUUGCUCUCAAAUUUCAACAAGUGGAUCCACUGAAAGGGCACAACCAGCAAAUAGGAACUGAAAUGUUUCUCAAACUUGUAUUUGGCGUUUUAGCAUUUGCAGCCAUUGUUGCAUCUUUUGUACUCGGCUCUAACAUUAGCAGAAAGGGAAUGGAAUCAAAUCAAUCUUCUCUUGUGGAUAAGCUUUCGGCAGAACCAGUCGUGAAGGAGAAGCCAAGUUUACCGCUUCCUGUUGAAAGAGAUGAGCCAAAAAGGCUAGUCAUUUCCAACACCUUGCCAUUGACUCUUGCUGUGGAGAGUCCGGCCCCUUCAGUUGAGUUGCUGGCUGAGUUCGAGAUCAGCGGAAUAACUAGAUCACUUAAGAGUUCUGCUAUAAAAAGCAGAAUGAAAGAUGGAGUGAGCAGCUAUUCUCAUUUUUCAGGAAAGGAUUUGACCAGCAAGGAUCAACAAGGAUCCUCAGAGUUCUCCGCAGUGAACUCCAAUUCAUCUGAAAGAUCGACACCGACUACCAAGAAGAAAAAUUUAGGGAAAGAGUUGGGGAGCAAUGACAUGGUAUUUGGGAGGAACGAUGAGGUGAUAACUCCGCUGAGGCGAUCAGCCAGGAUCCGAAAUCGUGCAGAUGUUGUACCUCCAUGAAGAGGCAUUGAAGAGUAGAAAUUAGAAAAUUUUGGGCAUUAUCCGAAACAGCUUCUCUGUUGUUUCAUGAUCCAGAAAACUAAUGUAGAAUUAGAAUUGUCUGUCUUGGCUGACUUAUUGUGUUCUGUUCUAAUCUAGUCGGAAAUUAUCAUUGUAAGACGAAAUUG